AUGCAUUCUUCGAGAAAUGGAAAAGGUCAACACCGAUUCGGGGUCCUGGGAUACCUCCCCGAGCCGGGCUCGAGGGAAGCCGAGCUAUGGGACCUGAACCGCGCGCGCUCGCCGCUCCUCCGCCUGCCUCCCGAGGUCCGCAACGCCAUCUACCGGCACCUCCUCGCGGCGCGCCGGAUCCACGUGCGCCUCGACCCGCGCACCUCGUCCUUCCACUGUGUCGCGCUGCGGCCCGCCGCCAACCCCUGGGCCUACAAGCGGCGCCACGUGCUCGGCCGCGGGCUGACGCUGCUCGUCCGCGUCUGCCGCCAGCUGUACCACGAGACGGAGCUGAUGCCGUACCGCGAGUGCGUCUGGAGCUGGCAGACCCCCGGGCUGAUGGAGCGGUACCUGCUCACCGAGCGCCGCAUGGGCGCCGCCCAGCGCCGCGCCGUCCGCGAGGUCUGCGUCCGCGGCGUGCGCGGGUUCGGGAACCUGAGCAGGCGGGUCAGGAGCGUGCUGGGCGGUCUCGAGGUCGUUUGGUUCUGGGAGGGGAGGGACCGGGCGACAGGGAGGGUGAAGUGGGGCGCAGAGGCGGACGGGGAUGGGGAGGGGGAUGUGGACGGGCUCGGGGGUUGGGUUUGUGAGAUUGUCGAGAGGCGGAGGGUGGAAGCCGGUGUCGGGAGGCCGAACUGA